AUGUCGCGUCUGGAACGCUUGCGGGAACCUCAGGUUAUGGUCAGGUCCAUUCUUUUGAGAGGUUUUGAUCAAGACAUGGCAGAACGAAUCAGAGCACAUAUCGCUGUCCCGACUCGAAUAGAAGAGAUAGAGCCCAAGACCAAGACAAAAGCUGGACGAAUCCGUGUGCACUUUGCGAGAAAAGUGUCGGAUACUGAAACUGAAGAGCACAGUGAAGAAUAUAAUACC